AUGGCCGAUUCAUACUACUGGCGCGAUCCAUUGAACCCGCAUGAAUACUAUGCCAGCCUCUCAACAGAACGAAAUACCCUAGUUGAGAAAUUCAAGGAUAUUGACAACAAAGUAAACUUCCAAGAAUACAUUCACCGAAUCGAAAAUCCACAAACCUCCAACUUUGUGCUGGACUUUGGCAACGAAGAUGUUUAUUGCGGGGCGGAUCUAUCUACCAAUGAGUUCAACCUUCUACUAAGUAAACCACGGACAAAAUGUUUUGGCACGAGAUGGAUCAAUAUCUGGUCACCUGAAGAGCAGAAAGAUACUAUCAAGGCUAUAACCACAUUCUACGGACUUUCAGAGCGACUACAAGGGAUGAUGUGCACCGAACCAGUCCUCCAUCGCCCCAAACCAGUCGCAAGAAAUCGCUCAUACUCCUCAUCCGCACCCCCAACGCCACAAUUCGACGAUAUAGAAAAUGCAUACGCUUUGAAAAACAUACCCGAUGAACCUCAUCAGAAUGCUUCAUUUAAUUCUUUGACUUUCGCGCGCGUUGUUGAGCAAAUUAUGCAUUUUUCUUCUAUUGAUCAUGGUCCACAUUAUACAUGCGUCGGGUACAAUACUCUUUUCGUAACUCCCGGCGUUUCUAGCGCACCGGAAAAUGGAAAGGGCCUUCCAGAGGGAAAAAGGCUUUGGAACUGGCUGAUUCUCUGCGAUGACGGUACGGUUAUCUCCAUACAAGAGAACCCAUUUCCUCGACAGCACACAGUACUUGAACAGGAUCAGGCCAAGGUAAUUGAUAUUGCUCGCCGAAAUACUCGCUUCAUCUUUUCUGGCGUUUCGAAGGAGCACUCCACCAUGUCGGAGAGUGAUUCCCUUGUUACUAUCCGCGUACGCCCAUUUUAUAAUCUCGGUCCCGAUCAGGCCAAUAUCAAGCAGGAGGAUGGGCCCAGUCUGUUAUUUUACUAUAUAUUCGAUGAUUGGGUUUCCAGCUACGGCUUGAUUGCCAAGAGAGAGCACCAAUAUGGUGUAGCUCUCGAAAGACUCAGAGGGCAAAUGCUCGAUCGCCCCAUUGUAGAUCUGGUAAAUGAGCUCCACUGGCUCGGACAUCGUCUAGCCGUUCUGAAGAAUCUUUAUCAGAGCUAUGAGCUCAUCAUGCGUCGCCUUCUACAGCAUCAAAGUUCUCUUCACGACGAACCCCACCAGCCAUUAUCCAUCGGAUCCACGUUUCACAACCCCGACGAGCCAGAGGUUUAUCUGCAUGAGCGUAAGUCUAGCAUUAUUAGCCAUGCUAGCUUUCAAGUCACGAGUAACCGGUCUAUCGGGGUUCGUCUGAGCUCAGGCGCCGUGGCACGAUUUGAGAGACUGGUUGAUAGGAUUAACCUCUAUUGUUUGAGCGAGAUAGAGACUUGUCUUCGCGAGAAGGAAUCUCUAACGUUCUUGAAUUUCAACCUUAUUGCGCUAAAAGACUCCCAGGCUGUGGAGAAACUUACUAGGAUCACUAUCCUGCUAGCGAAGGCGACGAUCCUGUUCCUUCCUGUCAGUUUGAUGACGGCGUACUUCUCAACUGAACUCCGGGGUGUCAAAGGCGGGUACACAAAGGCAGACUAUUGGGUUGCCUUUGCUGUGAUCUUCUUCUUGACAGGGAUUAUUCUAUACAUUUUUGGCGCUGCGAGCCAGACGUUAGAGGGGAAGACUAUUUAUCGCUCAUUGGUCAAGACUUUUUUUACAAAAUCACGCGAUAAAAUGCGCCAAGGACAGCGGAAGGAACUUGGAACGGAAGGAAUUUGA